UUCUUUCAGUUGCAAUACUUGCAGCAGGCACAGUGGCAAUUGCCGUAGCCUAUUUUAUCUACAAAUGUGUCGAGAUAAACAAAACAAAAUUGAACAAUGCAUUGAUGCAGACAAGAAGAGACAACACUGCAACUACACCACUUGCUUCUACCUUGAACAUGGAUUGGAAGAUUGAAAUGGAAUCAAUCAACAGGUUCCUUGAUGACAUAUUGAAAGAGAAGCCCAUGAGAUUUACUCCUGAACAUCUGAAAGACUUCACUCGAAACUAUUCAGAGAAACUAGGCUCAGGUGGCUUUGGCGUAGUCUACAAAGGACGAUUUCCUAAUGGCGUGCAGGUGGCAGUUAAGGUCCUCCAUAAAACAUUGGAUAGGAGAGCAGAGGAGCAGUUCAUGGCAGAAGUGAGCACCAUAGGCAGAACGUAUCAUAUCAAUCUAGUCAGGCUAUAUGGAUUUUGCUUUGAGACAACAGAUAAAGCUCUGGUGUACGAAUACAUGGAGAAUGGAUCGCUUGACAAGUUCUUAUUUGAUGAGAACCACAGCAUAGAAUGGGCGAGGCUACAUGAGAUAGCAAUCGGGACUGCCAAGGGAAUCAGAUACUUACAUGAAGAGUGUCAACAGAAGAUAGUCCAUUAUGAUAUAAAACCAGGAAAUGUUCUUCUCACUGCAAAUUUCUCUCCCAAGGUAGCUGAUUUUGGGUUGGCAAAGCUCUGCAACAGAGAGAGCACUCAUGUCACGAUGACAGGAGCCAGGGGAACUCCUGGUUAUGCCGCGCCAGAGCUGUGGAUGCCAUUGCCCGUGACUCAUAAAUGUGAUGUCUACAGUUUUGGGAUGCUUCUGUUCGAGAUCUUGGGGAGGAGGAGAAAUCUCAAUUUCCAGAAUACCGAAAGUCAAGAGUGGUUCCCAAAAUGGGUUUGGGAGAGGCUUCAAGAGGGGCAAAUGGAGAGAAUACUAAAAAUCUCUGGAAUUGAACAAAAGGAUGGAGAGAAGGCAGAGAGAAUGUGUAAGGUGGCACUGUGGUGUGUUCAGUAUCAACCGGAAGCAAGACCUUCAAUGAGUAGCGUGGUGAGGAUGUUGGAGGGGGAAGAUGAAAUUAUGCCACCUACAAACCCAUUUGCUCACAUGGUCUGGUACAAUGCAGGCUCAGUUCUACGGAGUGGAAGUACAAGCUGUUCAUCUGGGUGAGCAGAGGCUAAAGAAGUUAGUGAAAGGAGUAAGUAAAUCAUUGUGAAGUGCUUGUACAUUUAAAAUUCAUUGUUGUACUAAAUAUUCCAACAUUACAA